GCUCUCUGUGUGUCUCUUCAACAUAUGGCUUAACCGAAACACAACCAUGCUUUGCUAAAGCUCAUAACAUCACUCACACUCACAAACAUCACCUACACCGCUUUCUCUCUCUAUAUAUACUCUUCCUUGCCUUGCUCAUACCUUCACAAACAACCAUCUUCCUCUCUCACUCUAGAAGUUCGUCACCAAAAAAGCCCCAUUUUUUCUCUUUCCAUGGCUCCAAGCUUGACCAAAGGUGCCUUGGAGGCAAUGGGUCUGAUUGAUACUCAACUACCUCUCUCAAUCACCCUGGAAGGAGCAACUUUUUUGGCUAAUGGCCAUCCAUUUCUCACUCAAGUCCCUCCAAACAUUACAUCCACACCCUCUCCACUCCUCUCCAAAGACAUCAUGGCCAAGAACACGGUCGGUUGCUUCGUCGGCUUCGACGCCGACGAGCCCAAAAGCCGCCACGUGGUCCCCAUCGGCAAGCUCAGGAACACAAGGUUCAUGAGCAUAUUCAGAUUCAAGGUCUGGUGGACCACCCACUGGAUUGGCAGCAGCGGAAAAGACCUGGAACACGAGACUCAGAUGGUGGUUCUCGACAAAUCCGACGACGUCUCCGGUGGGCGCCCCUACGUUUUGCUUCUUCCACUCCUGGAGGGACCGUUCAGGGCUUCACUCCAGCCUGGCGACGACGACGACGUGGACGUCUGCGUGGAGAGUGGGUCCAGCCACGUCAGCAGCUCCAACUUCAGGAGCUGCAUGUACAUGCAUGUUGGUGAUGACCCUUAUCAAUUGGUCAAGGAGGCCAUGGAAGUGGUUAGGGUUCAUUUGGGUACAUUUAGGUUACUUGAUGAAAAGUGCCCGCCAAAAAUAGUGGACAAAUUUGGGUGGUGCACUUGGGAUGCCUUUUAUCUUAAGGUACACCCCAAGGGUAUUUGGGAUGGUGUGAAUGGUCUAGUAGAGGGUGGGUGCCCUCCAGGGUUGGUCCUGAUUGAUGAUGGGUGGCAGUCCAUAUCACAUGAUGAUGAUCCCAUCUCUGAUCAAGAAGGCAUGAAUCGGACGGCUGCUGGUGAACAGAUGCCAUGUAGGUUGACCAAGUAUGAAGAGAAUUAUAAGUUUAGGGACUAUGAGAGCAAAAGGGUACCCUACAAUAAUAAUAAUAAUAAGGGUAUGGGUGCCUUUGUUAGGGACCUUAAGGAGGAGUUUAAGAGUGUGGAAUAUGUGUAUGUGUGGCAAGCACUUUGUGGGUAUUGGGGUGGCUUGAGACCGAAUGUUCCGAAUAUGCCCGAGUGUAGAGUAGUGAAGCCCAAGUUGUCUGAGGGUUUGAAGAAGACUAUGGAAGAUCUGGCCGUUGAUAAGAUUGUGGACAAUGGGAUUGGGUUGGUCCCACCAGAGAUGGUCCAUCACAUGUAUGAGGGCUUGCAUUCACACCUUCAAUCGGUGGGCAUUGAUGGUGUUAAGGUGGACGUCAUACAUGUGCUUGAGAUGCUAUCGGAGGACUAUGGUGGUCGCGUGGAGCUCGCCAAAGCUUACUACAAGGCCCUAACUGCUUCUGUGAGGAAACAUUUUAAUGGGAAUGGGGUCAUUGCUAGCAUGGAGCAUUGCAAUGACUUCAUGUUCUUAGGAACAGAGGCCAUUGCCCUCGGACGCGUAGGGGAUGAUUUUUGGUGCAGUGAUCCAUAUGGAGAUCCAAGUGGGGUAUUUUGGCUCCAAGGGUGCCAUAUGGUGUACUGUGCCUACAACAGCUUGUGGAUGGGCAACUUCAUUCAUCCAGAUUGGGACAUGUUCCAAUCUACUCAUCCAUGUGCCGAAUUCCAUGCUGCCUCUCGAGCCAUCUCCGGUGGACCUAUCUACGUUAGCGACUCUGUCGGGAACCACAACUUUGAGCUGCUCAAGCGCCUAGUGUUGCCGGAUGGAUCCAUCCUACGAUGCCAACAUUAUGCGCUUCCAACUAGAGAUUGCCUUUUCGAAGAUCCAUUGCGCGAUGGUAAAACCAUGCUCAAGAUUUGGAACCUCAACAAAUUUACUGGAGUUGUUGGAGCGUUUCACUGUCAAGGAGGAGGAUGGUGCAGGUUGUCACGACGAAACAAGAGGACCAUUGAGUCCUUACAGAGUGUGACCUGUUGGGUAAGUCCUAAAGACAUUGAGUGGAGCAAUGGGAAUAACCCAAUCUCCAUCGAAGGAGUGGACAUAUUUGUUGUCUACAUGUUUCAACAAAAGAAGCUAAUGCUCUUGAAGUCAUCAGACAACUUGGAGGUUUUGCUUAGUCCAUUGGACUAUGAGCUCCUAAUAGUUUCUCCAGUGAAAGUUUUACCAAGCAAGUCUGUUCAAUUUGCUCCUAUUGGAUUGGUGAACAUGCUCAACUCCGGUGGUGCAAUUCAAUCGUUGGUCAUCGAUGAUUAUGAGAAUUCGGCGAGAGUUGGAAUCAAAGGAAGAGGGGAAAUGAGUGUCUUUGCAUCCGAGAAACCGGUUACUUGCCGGAUCAAUGGAGUGGAUGUUGAUUUCAGUUACAAUGAUCAUAUGGUCACAGUUCAAGUUCCGUGGCCUAAUUCUUCCGGAUUGUCUGAAAUUGAGUACUUGUUUUGAAGUUCAACUAUGCUCGUGCACUACAUUAGUCCUUUUCUUCUUCUUUUUUUUUUUUUUUUUUUU